AUGAAGGUCACCAUUAAAGAAUGGAAUGCCGUUGCUACUUGGCACUGGAAUAUUCCCGAGGAUGAAGUGUGUGGUAUCUGUCGUGUCCAGUUCGAUGGCACUUGUCCAACCUGCAAAUUCCCCGGCGAUGACUGCGCGCUUGUGCAAGGAAGGUGUAACCACGCGUUUCAUAUGCAUUGCUUGAUGACCUGGAUUGAUCUGGAGUCUUCCAAGGGAUUGUGUCCAAUGUGCCGACAAAAAUUCGAAUGGAAGGACAAAGAAUAA